CGGCUACUGUUGACAUAAACAGAGUGCACGUGUUCGAAGUGCAUGUUAUAGACAGUAGUGCCCGCGUAAUUAAUGUGCGAAAUAACGAGAUGUUUCGUAAUGGUCGUCCUAUAAAGUUUCAGGCAAGGAAAACUCAAUUGGAAACGGAUUAAUGGGUAAAUAAGUUGGGAUCGUUGGUGUAUGGGGUAUAAGACACCUCUCCAGCUGCUGGAUCAGAGGAUAGUAGCUCCAGCAACAGUAUUUCACAUGGUUUUAAGCUGCAACCAGCAGGCAGACCACAAGAUAUCAAUCACUGCACCUUGAUGGCAAAAUCCUGUUAUUGCAUGAGAAAUGGAUCAAAAAAAAUCAGAAAAACUUGAAUCAUUAUUUGUUUCAUAGAUCACAAAGAAAGAUAAAUGGGUUCAUCAAAGCUGUGGAACUGGAAGCCAGCAUAUGGAAGACCACUUAACAUUGGCAUCAGAAUGUUAAGGACUUCCUUGUAGAGGCAAACAAGAGUUAUAACCUCCACAAAAAGGAUGGUCUCUGUGGCCAAUUCUCGGUGAGCUGGAAGAUUUCAGCACAUACCUUCCAACCGAGGGAAAACUCCUGUAAAUGCUGGCUGGAUGUAGAAGAUAAGACCUGUAUCAGUUGAUUUGCUGGGUGGCAGCCAAAAAUGCAGUUUAUGAGACUUAGUAAAAUCCAUAUGCUGAGGCAGUUGGCAAGUGGAUGUCGAAAUGUUGGACACACUAUGUUCAACAAAUACCUUCUUCUCACCAAUGUUGGAAUCUCCAUGUGCCUCUCUGCUACUGGUGAUGUCAUCCAGCAACAUUACGAGAUGAUGCAUAACGAAAGAAAAAAUGUGGAGUUAAUAAGAACCCGAAACAUGUCCAUAUCAGGAGUUACUGUUGGUGUUGUAUGCCACUUUACAUAUAACUACUUAGAUAAAAAGCUACCUGGAAGAUCUCUGCAGACAGUUCUGAAAAAGGUUGUGGUGGAUCAACUUGUAUUUUCUCCCAUAUAUUUAACUGUGUUUUUCUUCACCCUGGCCAUAUUAGAGGGUUCUAACUGGGUGACACUAAAAAAAGAAGUUACUCAUAAGGCGUGGCGGUUGUACCUAGCAGAAUGGCUAAUUUGGCCUCCAGCACAAGUAAUAAAUUUCUAUUUUUUACCAACAAAAUUUCGCGUGCUGUAUGACAAUACCAUAUCUCUUGGGUUCGAUAUAUACACUUCAUACAUCAAACAUAAUAUACCUAUUGAGGAAGAAAAAGCGACUCUAGAAGAAAAGUGAGCAAUAUCUAUUGCUUAGAUGCUGUAACAAUAUAGUGGCUGUGAUGAUAAAAGUAUGUCAUGUUCAUUACUAAGGUGUUCCCUACUCUUAUUUCAUAAAUGGGUCAAAAAUACUCUUUUAUUUAUUGUUUUUAGAACAGUCCUUGCAGAGAUUAGUGAAGUUUAUAUGUGAAAUGAAUGUUAUGUUUAUAUGUGACAUGAAUUGUACAUUCCAUCCUGUUGAUAGUUCAACACAAGUGUACAAAUAAACAAUGACCAAUAAACAGUGCUUAAACUGAAUAAAG